UGCCUUUCUGUCCUCGCUGCCCCUCUCCUCAAGGUUUAUCGUACAGGUGUGUUUGUGUGCUUGCGCACCUGACCGAGCGUUGCAGAGAGAACCGAAAGGCUACAACAAGGGCUGCAUGCUGGUUUGUCGAUCACGAUGGUCCUCUUUGGCUCGCGACAGUCUUGUCGUCAGGCCCACAGCAGACCAGACACCAGUAAUCCGUAUCUACUGCCUGCAUCAUCGCGAGCGCGCGGCACUUAUUCAGGGUCCUAGCUCUAACCUGGCCAGUAGUCAAGAUCACCUGGAAAUGCCGUCAUCGCACACGGCCAGUGCUCACCCACCUUGGACGCCAAUGCUGGCCCCCUCACAGUUCACCAGCCCGCGCGCGAGUAAGCACGGGAGCUGGUGGUGCUGGAGGCCUCCACCAGCAAGCCAGCCUCGACGCACUCAUAUGAGCUCAGCCACGCUACGGUUUGUACGGUUGACGGAUCCAGUGUGGAGCUCACACUUGCCUUGCCCCAGGCAGGUCAUUCCAAAUCCACACCUUAGCCACGAACAAGGGACCUGACGGGCCCAUUGCGUUGCCCAUCCACCAGAGGCUUCAGGUUAUCCGAGUCUGCUUCUAGAACACGGCAGGCUGCAGGGUAUUACAUCUC